UUGGAUUUAAUCGUUUGAUUACUUUUUUCUCAGACUUCCAACGGCCGGUCAAGACCUUUUACGAGACAGAAGCAAGAGCGUCCUGCUGAAGAAGGAUGCCGCUACACGUGAUGACCAAGGACAGACAAAUACAGAACAAUUGUUGCGGAUGAAUAUUGGAAAAAGUCGGAACAACGAAGAUGUAGAAAUGAGAAGAAGAAUAGGAGAUGUAAAUUACUUGGAAGAAAGAACUGGUGAUGAAGGUAGUGGUAAUCAAAAGCAAAGAAAAGAGAGAGAAGAGGAAGUUUGUGAUGAGGAAAUGCAGGUGGCAGAAGAAGAAAAUAAGGAGAGAGCAGAAGAGAGUGUGAUUAUCAGAAGCAAUAAUAGAGAAAAUAUGAAGAGUCUCCCUGAUUAUGUCUCACCUUUGAAUUACAUGCAGAAAUCCAAUGUCAGCAACGUGAGAGAUGAUUCAAAAAAGUUGAUAUACUGUCCAUACGACCUGAUGGGGAGCUGCCUUGACGAAACCUGUCCGUACCUGCACUCGGCCAGAAAGUCGGCUCAAGGUCAGCUGAAGGGCGGCCCAAGGUCAUCCAGCACGUGAUGUAUUCUCAUAUUGAGUUACGCUUAUCAGAAUCCUAUAAUUCAUACCCUGAUAUCGCACUGAACAUUCAAAUAAUGUUAUUCAAGUUGAAAUAAUUACUUGUAUUUUCCAUUCAUCUCUAAUGAGCUUACAGUAUUGUUAUUCUUGAAUAUGAGUUUAUAUAUAUUUUUUUUCUUAAUACAAGCAGUCUAAUGAUGUACUGCUCAAUUUCAAAUUUAUUAUCAGUGAACUAAUUUUUAUUAGUUCGAAAGUUAGCUUACUGAACUUUUUAAAUUUAUUACUUGGUUUUGUUUUGUAUUUCAUAUUAUGUUAUCAAAUCCCAACGUUAGUAGACAGAAGGUUGAUCACUCACAAGUGUAAGAUUCAAAGUGGUGGGGGGAACGCCAGCG